UGAGGGGUGGGGGCUUCUCUCUCCCCCGUAGAGCGCAGCAUGAGCGCUCCUCAGCAAAAGGAUGUGUGAGCAGGCAGCGCGCUACUGUAGGGACGGAGUCCACAAACUGCUUAACAAAGAACAAGCCAAACUUCGAGCCCAAGAAAGCCGCGAGCAGCCGAACCCCGUAGCCAGUCAGGACAGCGAGUCCGCGACGGCAGCACAGUCCGGAAACAGCGGCGCCCAGCCCGGUGGAAUCGACGGGCUCGUCCGCUGGAUAGUCACCAAAAUGAGCGACAACAAGAACAUCUCCAGCCGGGAGUACGCUUCCAGCAAGGAGGAGGUGGCCGUGGCUCAGGAGCAGUUCUUCGCCCCGGAGCCACGGAGAGGCAUCUCCGUUAUUUUGGAUAUAUUCAGAAGAGCUGACAAAGAUGAUGAUGGGAAGCUGUCUCUGGAUGAGUUCCAGGCUUUCUUCUCCGAUGGCACGCUGAACGAGGAAGAGCUGGAGAAGCUGUUUCACACCAUUGACUCUGAUAACACCAGUAAUGUUGACACUAAGGAACUCUGUGACUACUUUGCCAAGCACAUGGGCGACUAUGAGGGAGUUCUGGCCUCGCUGGAAACACUUAACCUUUCCAUCCUCAAAGCAAUGGACUUCACCAAAAAGGUUUAUGAGAGAGGAACCAACGUGGAGCAGUUUGUGACCCGUUUUCUGCUGAAGGAAUCAGCCAAUCAGAUCCAGUCUCUUCUCAGCUCUGUGGAGAGUGCCGUGGACGCUAUUGACGAGCAGCACAGCCAAUCAGGUCAUUUACCAGCCAAGGUGAGUCCACGGAUGUCAGAGAGGCGCAACGAAAACACUGUCCCUGACUAUCCCCCAAACAACAGAGUCAGUGCCAGAGAGGCAAUCAGGACCGUCAACACUGCUUCAGGUGCAGUGGAGGUGAGGAAAGAAGGUCUGGACGCUCAGAUCAACCGCCUGGCGGAACUCGUUGGACGACUGGAGAAUAAGACUGUCUGGUUGGAUCUGCACCAGAGGCUAACAGACACAGAUGGCACUACCAGCGCAUCCUUGCUGCUGAUUCGUCAGGAGAUGGUGGUUUCACAGAAGAAGCUCGGCGACUUUUGCGAGGCUCUGAAGCAGUACCUGAAGAACGUCUCUACUCAGAGAGACUGCUUUCAUGUGACUGCGGUGCGUCUGCCAGACGGUUUAUCCUUUGUCGUCUACGAGUUCUGGGAUGGAGAGGAGGAGUGGAAGAGGCACCUCCAGUCGGCCCCCAACAAAGCCUUUCAGCAUGUGAAGGUGGACACACUGUGCCAGCCUGAGGCCGUGUCCUCUGUAGCCGUGCCAGCCGCCUGGUGCAGUGUGAACAGGGACUAAGCAGGAAGAUAUACAACUACAUGCCACAACUCCUGGACACUCCCCACCUCCUCUUGAACCCCCCCCUCCAACCCUAGCUCCCCACCCCCUCCCCUCCCCCCGUUCUCACACCCCCAAACUCCUCCUAUUUCAACCCUCACAUUCCUCAACUCUUUUUGUAAGUACAUGUUUACACAGUGCAAAUGAAUGGUGUCAACUGCAGUGAAAAUUGAACAAACAGUGCAUUUUACAAUGUGAGAUUACUAAUGCGUUUGCAACUCACCAUCAAGAUAAUGGAUUAUGUCAUGUUCAUGUUUCAAGUAGCUUUGAGCCACCGUGAAGUGGAGUCUGUCAUGUAGCAAGGACCCUGGCCUUGAGUUUUUCAUGUAGCAGUUACUGUUUUGGGGUAGUUUUUGGGAAUAUGGCACUUUUUCUCACUCCUGUUAGGGUUGACCACAGGUAGCUCAUCUAGUUAGCUGUUAUUUCGUUCCACAUUUGAUCCCACAUACACAUGUUUUUAAAAGUAAAUUUGUACUUUGUCUUGUA